AUGUCUGACCGUCGGGAACUCCAGGGUACUGACAGUUCGUGGACAAGUUCUUUUGCCGAUGCUUUACAACAGAAUCUCCAGCUUGAAGACAAGCUUCUGAGGGAAGAGAAUGAGACGCCACAAGAAAAACUACAACGGCUCCUCUCCACUAGGUCUGUUAUAUCUACCUCCUCCUCUUUUGCAGAGCGUCAGCAAGCUGCCGUCGGUUUGAAAAGUCCGUUUCGGGAGAUUGGAACCGGCUCGAUCGGUAAAAUAUUCGAGCAGCCAGGAACACCUUGGGCGUUCAAGGUCCUCAUUGUCGACCGUACGGAUAAACUCUGGAAUAACUAUGCUAUACAUCUCAAAGUCCAGCAAAGUUUUGAUAGAUUGGGAAAUAUACCGGGGCCUGUCGAAGUACCUCGAGUAUCAUGGUUUGCUAGCAAAGAUUCAGAACGACCCCGGGAAAUUCUCUGUAUGGAACGAAUCAUGCCUCUGCCCCAGCCAGUGAGGCAUGCCCUCAUCGACAUUUUCUGCAAUCCGAACAAUGCCCAAGUGGCGAAAAGUGAUCCCCUGAAUAAGGACUGUCUUAUCCGUCUACUUUUAGGUCGGAAGCGGUUCGGGUCCUCACGACCAGGCCGUAGUAUGUCUUUUUCUCUGCGCAAUUACAAAUUACAUGUCGACCAGAUCCAAGAUAUCAAGCUUGAUGCGGAUGAGUACGCCAGGGGUAUGGCUGAUGCUCUAGCAGUCCUCCAUUGGCAUGCGAAAAUUGAUGCUAUGGAUGUGGAGUUUGUCCUCGGAAGUUCACCAAUCGAUCAGAACGCUGUCCGGAGAGAGAUGCAUUUCCCAGAUAUUCAACGUCUGUGUCCAGGUACUAGCACCUUUGAACAAACCACUAACACAUCGCCCAACUUCAAGAAACGUAUGGUUAGCCUGUGGCUUCUAGACUUCGAUGCCUGCACUUCAAUUACAAUGAACACGGCGGGUGUUCAGCAAGCUGCCAAGGCAUUCAUGGAAAAUGAUCCUUACUAUCCACGACCAUACUCUAAUGAUGACUACAUGGAACAUCUAUGGCAGAUAUUCUCCCACAGUUAUGUUGCGACGGCCAAAAAAAUCACCGCCAGAACAACGUGGCAAUCAUUACCUGGGCAGUUUAUCCAAGAGAUACAAUCAAGAUUUUUGCAACGAGCUGAAUCUACUCGGUCCGGGGACAAUCGACCAACCGCCACAUCGAACAUGUCGCUUGGGAGAGGAGAGUCGUCGCAACAUAGGGGAAGGCCAAUCAGCGGGCAAUCUAGGCGUGCGCGUGGGGAGCAAAGAGGGACCAGAGGCGGUAGAGUCACACCUUCCAACUCACGAACCAGGGGAUCUAAAGAUCAGAGAUCAAACCCAGACGAGCAUAGCACUUCACCGCGUUCCCGCAAAGAUCGGGGCCGAGGACGUCGCUAA